AUGAGUCAUGAUGCGUUUUCCAAUAUGGCGGCUUAAAAAGAACACGUUACUUCCUUUAAAUCAAUUAUAUAUUCGCUUGCUGGGACUUUCAGCUCGUCAUAUGAGUAUGGACUAUGCUGUAAUUCACGAUGAAAAAAAUAAAGAGUUUUAUAUCGACUUAACACCAGAGAAAGCAGUUCUUCAGUAUCAACUUAUUCAUGAAGAACCAAAAAUCAUAGAUAUGUAUCAUACUGGUGUCCCUGAAAGCCAAAGGGGCAAAGGAAUUGCUGGUAACUUGGUUAAGGCUGCAUUCUCAUUUGUGGUUGCUAAUAAUCUGAGAGUUCGUCCAACAUGUACAUAUGUUCAACAUUAUAUCGACAAAAAUAAACCUACAGAAAUUAUGCAAAGACUUGAAAAAUAAUACAUAAACUUUCCUAGUUAGACCAAUAAAUAUAAUUUACUGAAAAUUUGUGAUUGAAUGAUUUGAAGUAUUGUAUUCUAAUAAUUUGUAUCCAUGUAUAUUAAUUAAACUAUUUCUUUAA